AUGAUUGCUUCUUCUCGCCAAUUCAUCCCUUCUCUUCGCACUGUUGUCACUCGUCGCACCUUUGCUUCAGCUGCCAAAAGCCCUACUGACGUAGUUAUUGCCAGUGCUGUCAGAACCCCUGUCGGUUGCUUCAACGGCUCAUUAAAAUCUUUGCGUGCUAUUGAGCUCGGUGGUAUUGCUGCCAAGUCUGCCAUCGAGAGAGCUGGUAUCAAGCCUGAAGAUGUUGAAGAAGCCUACUUUGGUAACGUUCUUCAAGCCAACUUGGGUCAAUCUCCUGCUCGUCAAGCUAUCUUGAAUGCUGGUUGCCCUGAAACUACCGAGGCCACCACUAUCAACAAGGUCUGCGCUUCCGGUAUGAAGGCUGUCAUGUUGGCUGCUCAAACUAUCAAGGCUGGCGACCGCAAUGUCAUGGUUGCUGGUGGUAUGGAAAGCAUGUCGAAUGCUCCUUAUUAUGCCCCUCGUGGUGCUGCUUACGGUCACCAACAACUCAGUGAUGCCAUCAUCAAGGAUGGUCUUUGGGAUGCCUACAACAACAUUCACAUGGGUAGCUGCGCCGAGAAUACUGCUGCCAACUACAACAUUACUAGAGAAGAUCAAGACAAUCAUGCCAUUGAAUCAUACAAGCGUGCUGCCAAGGCCUGGGAAAAUGGUGCAUUUGAUGCUGAAAUUGCUCCUGUUACCAUCAAGAGCAAGAAGGGAGAGACUGUCAUCAAGGUUGAUGAGGAAUACAAGAAUGUCAAGUUUGACAAGAUCACCAGCUUGCGUGCUGUCUUUAAGAAGGACGGUACCGUUACUGCUGCUAAUGCCAGUACCUUGAAUGACGGUGCCUCUGCUUUGGUCUUGAUGUCUCGUGCCAAGGCUGAGGAACUCGGUGUCAAGCCUUUGGCCCGCAUUGUGUCUUACGCUGAUGCCGCUACUGCCCCUAUUGAUUUCACCAUUGCACCUGCCAAGGCCCUCCCUGUUGCUCUUGAGAAGGCUGGUUUGACUGUUGACGAUAUCAGCAAGUUUGAAUUGAACGAGGCUUUCAGUGUGGUUGCUCGUGUCAAUGAGCAACUCAUGAAACUUGACCCUAGCAAGGUCAAUGUCAAUGGUGGUGCUGUUGCCCUUGGUCAUCCCAUUGGUUCAUCUGGUUCUCGUAUCAUUGUGACAUUGACCCAUCUCUUGAAGUCUGGUGAAUUCGGUGCUGCUGCUGUUUGUAACGGCGGUGGUGCUGCUUCCUCCAUUGUCAUUCAAAGAGAAUAA